UUUCCAUUACUGCGGCGUCCCGGUGUCCCUCCCACCAUGAACGUGACCCCCGGCGGCUGCUCGGCCCAGAUGCCGUACGGGUACCUGCCCCGCACCAAGGGCCUGUACAUCGCCACCGAGCUCACCAUCGCGCUGCUGGCCAUAGUCGGCAACUUCCUGGUCUGUCUGGCCGUCACCCGCAACAAGAAGCUGCGAACCGUCACCAACUACUUCCUGGUGUCGUUGGCGGUGGCGGACACCCUGGUGGGCCUGGUGGCCAUCCCCUGCGCGGUGCUGACCGACCUGGGCCGGCCUCACCACGACCUGCCGCUCUGCCUGGUGCUGCUCAGCCUCCUCAUGGUGCUCACACAGAGCUCCAUCCUGAGUCUGCUCGCUGUCGCAGCAGAGCGCUACAUGGCCAUCCUCCUGCCCUUCCAGUACCAGCGCGUCAUGAGCCCCCGGAAUGCCCAGCUGGCCCUGCUGGUCACCUGGGGCCUGGGAGCCAUCUCCGGCUCUGUGCCGCUCAUGGACUGGAAGAGACAACCGGCAAACUCGGACUACUGUAUCUUCACUUGUGUGGUGGACAUGCACAACAUGGUGUACUUCAACUUCUUCUGCUGCCUCGUUGUGCCCCUGGUGGCCAUGUUCGUCAUCUACGGCCACAUCUUCGUCACCGUGCGCCGCCAGCUGAGACGCAUCGCCGUGGCCAGGGGGGCUGCGAAGGACGCGGGAGGCGUUGCGAGCGGCGGGAGCACCGGGACGGAUGACAUCGGGAGCUCCAUCACGGUGAGCGGAGCGGAUCCCGCCACAGGCUGUGACGAGGCGGCGGCAUGUGAGGGCGGAGACAGGGCUCGGGCGGAGGUGGAGUCCGGCAUCGGGUCUAGUGUUGAAACCCAGACCACCGCGGCCUCUACAAAGCCAGGCCCAAUGAACGCCUCGGCAGGACCUGCCAGCUCGGGCUCCGUCGCUCCCGGAGAACCCAACGGGGCCAAAUUGGCCCUUCGCACCCGCCAGGAGACGCGUAAAGCCACCUCCCUCUUUCUUGUGCUGUUCCUCUUCAUGGCGUGCUGGAUGCCCAUCCAUAUCAUCAACUGCGUCCUGCUGUUUUGCCCGCGGUGCGAUGUGCCCAUGUCCCUCACACUGGCAGCCAUUUUGCUCUCCCACGUCAACUCGGCCCUCAACCCGAUCCUCUACGCGUACAGGAUGAGGUCCUUCCGAUACGCUUUGAUUGGGAUCCUGAGAGGAUUGUGGAGCUUUAGAUCCAAACGGCAGUAGAAUAGACUAGAGCUCCCAACUCGUCCCAUAUGGAUGCUUGGACCUUCUGGGGUCACCAAUUAAAGCAUCGGGUGUCUCUUGGCGCCACCAUUUCGCCAAGUCUAGGAAAGGCCGUGGUUUGGUUUUAACGCACCAGCGGUUAGAGGCUUAUCUGGGGCUUUGUGUUAGUAGCAAAUACUACAUGGGAAAAACCAAGCGGAAAGUAAGAUCCAAGAACACUUGCAGCAGACUUCAUUGAGGCUGUUCUUGCCAUCUCUUCUCUUCGGUAGAUGAGCAUAGAAGACACCUUUUUGUUAACCUUUUAUCGGACCUCGCAUAGUUUAUUGUCUAAGUACACUGAUGGAAAAGGAAUCAUCCUUCUAACUCUGUCCUUAACUCCCCGUUAUUCCUAAAAUAAAUUAUAAAUAUGUUUUAAAUGUUUUUUCUUAUACAAAUUUAAAAACUGUACAAUUAGUGUUUGAAAUCCACGGGAGAUAUUCGAUCUCUUUAGCGGUCUCCUUUUUAGGACUCAAUUGGAACCCAAAGGAAUUCAGGUUUUACCGGCCUGUCCAAAUGCUGUUAAAUGAGAUAAGGCCGCAUUCUACUAUUUCAUUUUCCCGUUUGAAGGUUGAAAUCUAUUAAAAAUCUUUUCAUCCGUGACAAAUGACUAUUUUCCUUCCCACUGGUGGCGAAUCGUUAAGUUGAUCUGUGACGUC